GGAGAUUCAUUCGCACCUUUCCGCAGCUGGGGUCCGAGUAUAGUCUCAAGUCUCAAGUUCUGAAAGGGUCAAUAGCUGUACAGCUGAGAAUCCCUCGAAAACGGGCCACGUGUUUAUGCCAACUCCCAGUCCAUGGAGCCUCUGGUGAGGCCAAAGUCCGCCAUAGUGACUGAGAGGCCUGAUGCAAAGUCCAAACGCCCAACGUCGGCAGUAAGGCCUUUGUCCGCAAGGCUGGAGGGCUGGUCAGCUCCACCUCUCAACUCCGGAAUUGCCGAGGUCUUGGCCUCCAGCUGUCGGGAAGUGCCUGCAGCCUUGCCCUCCGAACUGCGCUGCCCCGAGGCUGCCAUUCUUCGCCUUGCACCUGGUUCAAAGCUAAGACAGUGUAGGUCUACCAGUUGCUGCUGGAGAUGGGUGGCCAGCAAGCUGUUGGACGAGUGUUUGUCCGCCAGUGGUCGUGAGACAGAGAUGCGGAGAGUCUUGGAAGAGGAAUUGGGAGAUUCAAUCCUUGAAGAGUACAUAACCUUGGAGAGCGAGCACGAGGCCUUGCAAGGCCGUUUGCAAGAAGAACGCCAAGAGCUCGGCGUGGAGCGUGCGCUCCGCAGUGGCCUGGAGGAGCAGCUGGCGGAACUCAGAGCAGAGUUGAAGGAGGCCAAUCAGCGUGCCGGCAAGAUGGAUGCGGCUGCACGACUUGCCAUUGCGGGAAAGCAGCGUGAAGAGGCCUUGGUGAAAGAGCUUCGCGACGAACUUGAGCGGCAGGCGAAGAACAGUCCGGAAGCACUUCGACGUCGCACUGCACAAGCAGAAGCAGAGGUGGAACGUGUCCGCAUGGAGUCAGAGAAAAUGGUGGAGAAGUACAAGAAGGAGAUGUUAGAAGAGCGCGAACAGAAGACAAAGUACUUCAUCAAGCUCAAAGAAUUGCAGGCGAUGGAAGCACUGAUUGCAAAGAAGAAUGCCAAGAAGCGCCGAUCGAGGAAGAAAUAGCGCAUGUUCAAGCUGACCUUGCGCUGCAAAUGCUUCCUCUUAGCGACUUUUGCGAUGUCCGACACAGAGAAAAAUUCCAUUCAACAUUGAUCGGUGGGUCUCGAACUUGCAGAUGCAGCGCUCGCUCUUCACGGACCCUUCCACUCUGGUACCUGAGGUUUCCAGAGGUAGGUGAGAGAACUUUUGACAACCUCACGCUAUGAGGAUUGAGCCACACGAUAUGUACAAGGGAAAGAACGUGGGUGUUGGUACUGUAGCGUGUUCAGUCAU